AUCAAAUGAGCUCAACUUUCGUUUUCGUUUCGAAGGGCGAACUUAAUUUAGGUUGAACCUCUGCGUUUUAGAUCUGUUGGCCUGUAAACCUUUGUAAACUUACUUAUAUUAAUGAGGUAGGCCAGUAUUAUUACAAUCUUGUGAUUUAAAAUCAUCUUGGAAGCUCGAGCACCAGCAGAAUAAAAGUCUGAUGUUCUUUUCCGUUUGCAAGGUGGAGGACGUGAUUAAACUGCUCGUACGACUUUGCACAUGUUGACAGUUAAAAGGGAAGUUUUGUUCCCGUAAGACAUAAUCUGUGUCGAAGAUGGAAACAGGAGCUAAGAUGCACAUGAAAGAGUGGCUGAUAGCUCAGAUAGAGAGUGGGAAAUAUGAAGGACUGUGCUGGGAAGAUGAGGAGAAGACUAUGUUCAGGAUCCCGUGGAAACACGCAGCCAAGAAGGACUACAAACAGACGGAGGAUGCAGCCCUCUUUAAGGCCUGGGCUGUAUACAAGGGAAAGUACAGGGAAGGGAGAGAUAAAGCAGACCCCACCAUGUGGAAGACUCGUCUCCGUUGUGCACUUAACAAGAGCACAGACUUCCAGGAGGUGCCUGAACGCAACCAGCUUGACAUCACUGAGCCUUAUAAAGUCUACCUUAUCCAACAGAACAAUGGGCCAGCCAGGACAACAGAGCCUCCCCAGAUUAAAGACCAAGUGAUCAUCCAGGCUAAGAGAUCUCCAAGAACCCCUGGUGUUAAAGAAAAACAGAUUCAUCUUCACGAUGAAUCAUUUCAAGCAAGUAAAGAAGAAGGAAAACCAUUGACUGAGAAUGUGAUGAGGGAGCACAUGUAUUGUGAGCUCACAGGACAAAAACCUAAAAACCAGGGCCCUACUUCUUUAACUUUCAUCAACCCUGCACUUACUAUAUCAGAUUUUCGUUUGCAGGUGGUGUUGUUGUACCACGGCCAGAGGGUGAUGAAUGUGACCACCAGGAGCCCAGAUGGGUGCUUCAUCAUGCAGGGCUGCAUCCCUUUGGGAAAUGAACGCAUCUACGGACCCUUCAAUGCCCAGCAGCUCUCCUUCCCACCUCCAGCCUCCGUAUCCCUGCCAUCAUGCUUGGCUGAAGCAAUGAACCGCCUUCUUUGUCAUUUGGAGAGGGGUGUGCUAUUAUGGGUGGCCCCAGAUGGGGUGUUCAUCAAGCGGUUCUGCCAGGGCAGGGUGUACUGGACCGGCCCUAUGGCCCAACACACUGAUCGACCCAACAAACUGGAGCGAGAAAAGACCUUCAAAUUGCUUGAUAUACCCACAUUUAUGAAUGAGCUCCAGAGCUGUUUACAAGGCAUAGGCCCUACACCUUCUUAUGAGAUUGAGCUAUGCUUUGGAGAAGAGUAUCCAGACCCCAGUAUACCUAAAACCAAGAAGCUGAUCAUGGCACAGGUGGUGCCCUUGUUUGCAGUGGAACUCCUGCAGAGGUUCAACUUGGGAGAAACUGAGGAGAGGCACAACACAGAAGGAGAAAAGAUGUAGGAAAACAAAGGAAGCUAACCUGCGGCAGGAUAGCCAUGUACAGUAAAAAAGGGGAUUACUGAACCUUUACUGUUUUCCUGUUAUUAUCAUGAAAGACAUUCUAAGAGCAGAGCAAAAAUACAGAGUACUAUCAUUGGAGGUGUAUAUAUGAUGGAGAAACAAUGCAGCCAGUCCCCUGUAGAACUGUUUGCAAUAAUAAUAAUAAAGCAAAAAUAAUUUCCUUUAUUUUUUUAACAUAAGAUGAUUUUUUUUUCAUCCACCAUGCAGCUAGACUGGCAAGACUUAUCAGUUGCUGUUAAAGCAAACAUCUUGCUUUGUCCAAUAAAACAUACUGAUGAAAUA